AAACAAAAAUGGCAUGUCAAAUCGAUUUUAGCCACGUUGUUUCCUCGCAAUGACUGACUCGGAGGAACUUUGAACAGGUUAAGAUUUCGUAACUCCUCCUCCGCGGCCCUUUAAAAGCUCGCGCGUGACUUAAUCUGAAGUAUCCGCGGUAAACCACAGCAAACGUCCAAACCGAAGGCGGUGUGAUAAACCAGGGCUCACUGUAGCUUCCACCAACCCCCCAAAAGAUGUCUAAUUUUGACGAACUUCUGCAACGCGCUGGCGACUUCGGGUUGUAUCAGAAGAGAAUCGCUCUCUUGGGGUCGCUGCCUAUUUUGCUACUCGCUUUCGUGCUGAUAGGAGUUGUGUUUUUAGGAUACACGCCGGACCACUGGUGUAAAAACGCGGGUCUCCAGGAGAAAUGCGGUUUCUCUGAGCGGCGGGUCCGCGAUCUGACCGUCCCCCGCACGGGGCCGCGCGGCGCGUUCAGCAAAUGCGCGAAGUUCGACGCGCUUUGGAACGGGAGCGCGCUUGCGUGCAACGUCUCCGUCGACCGGCCGAUCUUCACCAACGGCACGCAUCUGUCCUCUUGCAGUGAAGGCUGGACCUUUAAUGAGAACCGGAGCACCAUUGUAACGGAGUUUUCAUUGGUGUGUGAAGACUCUUGGCUUGCAGACCUGAACCAGGUAUCCUUAGCUGGAGGGUUUUUUAUAGGUGCCUUAGUGACAGGAUACCUAGCUGACAGGUUUGGGAGAAAAUCCUGUUUUAUUGUGUCAAUGUUUGGCCUUGGAGUUUCUGGGAUAUGCAUUAUAUUUUCACCAUAUUACCCCCUCCUCCUGUUCUUUCGAUGUUUGCAAGGAUUUUUCGCCAAAGGAGCAUGGACCGCCACAUAUGUAUUGGUUAUCGAAUUCUUUGGAUCAAACAACAGGAAAUUUGUCUCCGUUAUGUCCCGCACUCUGUACUCGUUGGGUUUGGUGCUCCUUCCUGCUCUGGCCUAUUACAUUCCUUCGUGGAAAAACCUACAGCUGGCAAUGACUCUACCGACAUUCAUCUUUCUGAUCUAUCAUUGGGUUAUUCCAGAGUCUCCCAGAUGGUUGCUGUCACAAAGGAAGACAAAAGAAGCUGUAAAAAUCGUUGAGAGCAUUGCCAAGUGCAAUAAAAGAUCACUUCCUGAAGACUUUCAAGAGAUGGACCUUCUGAUAGAUAAACAAGAGGAAAUGGUUCGUCCUUCAUAUAAAGAUUUAUUUAAGACUCCUAAAAUGAGAAAACACACCCUCAUCUUGAUAUAUGCAUGGUUUACCGGUGCGGUGGUGUUCCAGGGUUUGGUCUUGCGUUUAGGAAUCACAGGAGAUAAUGUUUUCCUGGACUUUCUCAUCUCAGCUGUGGUGGAGCUUCCGACUGGAAUUAUAUUUUAUUUCUUAGUUGACCGAAUUGGCAGACGUCCUCUCAUGGCAGCGGUCAGUUUUAUCGGAGGGGCCGCUUGUUUGGCCGUGCCAUUUAUUCCACUGAAUAUUUCAUGGCUGAGAAGAACCAUCGCGAUAAUUGGUAGACUGGCUGUGGCUAUCGGGAAUGAGACUGUCAAUUUUGCCAAUACAGAACUGUAUCCAACGCCUCUCAGAAACUUAGGCGUAUCUGUGUGCUCCUCAGCCAGCGACAUCGGGGCGGUUGUUGCUCCAUUUAUUCUGUACAGAUUAGCUAGUGUUUGGCAAGAGCUUCCCCUCUUUGUCUAUGGGGCCAUGUCAGUUCUGUACAGCGGACUUGUGAUGCUAUUACCAGAAAUGAAAGGUGUUGAUCUGCCAGAAACUGUGGACGAUGUGGAAAAUAUGAGAAGCAGGCGCAAACACAAGAAAAAAGAUGGGCCUCGGUUUCCUGAAAUAAACAUUGUUCCAAUGAAAGCGACUGAGAGAACAUCCUAAUAAUUAUUUCAUUUGCAAACAGUAAAUGCAAUCAAAACAUUUAUGUAAUUAUAGCAUAAUGUCAUAUUUGCAAUAUGCAUCCCAAAGAAAGACGUGAUGAUUUUAGACAUUUUAAAUGACAUAUCCCACCCUUUUCAUGCUUUAUUUGUUGGCUGUAUUUCUUUCGUUCAUUAAAUAUUCAUUUAAC